GAGAGCGCAGCCGGGGCGGGGAGUCGAGCGGCCAGACGGGCGCAGUCAUCGGGAUGCACCGGGGCUAAGAGGCGUGAUACGCAGCCGGGACACAUGCAGCCAGACCCUCCAGGCCGUUCUGCCGAGCGAUGUUCCUCUGGACCGGUGGUUUAACGCUUCGCUGCCUCGCCCCUCUGCUGCAUAUUUAAAUCCGACUUUUAAUACCCCCCCAGCUGCUCGGCAGACACAUGGUGAAUUGCUGUCAUUCUCAGAAUUGCAUCUCCGAAGGCCGAUCCCUCCUCAGCAUUUCUCAAGCAGGACACGACGACCCCUUCGCUGACGACCCCUUCGCUGACGACCCCUUGGCUGCCGUGAUCUGGGACUUGCUGCCCCCGGAGUGUUGUGUUUCGCGGUCGGUGCCGGUCCCCCACCCCCCCAGCCAUGGAGCAGGGAAUGGAUUACUGGUUGGCGCAGAUACAGCAGAAGGAUGUUGGGAAGCGGCUUCAGAUCGGGCCGGACAUGAUCGACUACCUGUCUGACCGGCAGAAGUCCGCGGACCUGGAGCACGACCAGACGUUACUCGAUCGCAUGGUCGACGGCCUCGCCACGUCCUGGGUGAACUCCAGCAAUUACAAGGUCGCGUUGAUCGGAAUGGAUAUUUUGUCGGCUCUCGUCUCCCGUUUGCAGGACAGAUUCAGGACGCAGAUCGGCACAGUGCUGCCCAGUUUAAUGGAUCGUUUGGGCGAUGCCAAGGACUCUGUUCGCGAGCAGGAUCAGAGCCUGCUUCUAAAGAUCAUGGAGCAAGCGAGUAAUCCCCAGUACGUUUGGGAUCGGAUGCUGGGAGGAUUCAAACACAAGAAUUUCCGCACACGGGAAGGCGUCUGUCUCUGCCUCAUCGCCACGCUUAACACAUACGGGGCCCAGGGUCUGACACUGAGCAAGAUUGUACCUCAUAUAUGUAACCUGCUGGGAGACCCCAAUAGUCAGGUCCGCGACGCAGCAAUAAACUGCUUGGUAGAAAUUUAUAGACACGUCGGGGAACGCGUGAGAGCCGACCUCAGCAAGAAGGGUCUGCCCCAGUCCCGGUUGAAUGUGAUUUUCACCAAAUUUGACGACGUACAGAAAUCUGGAACCAUGAUCCAGACCUCGCUCGAUAAGAACUUCGAUGAUGAGGACUCGGUCGAUAGUAACAGGCCUUCGUCCGCCAGCUCGUCUACAUCGUCCAAGGCGCCGCCUGCCGCACGGAGGGUGGUGAACGUGGCGCCUGCCCGCCGACCGGGCACCUCGACUCUCACCAAGGCAGGAGGAGCAGCCAAGGAAGGCGCGGGAGCCGUGGACGAGGAGGACUUCAUUAAAGCCUUUGAAGAUGUUCCAGCCGUCCAGAUUUACUCCAUGCGGGACCUGGAGGAGUCCAUUAACAAAAUCCGCGAGGUCCUGUCGGACGAUAAACACGACUGGGAGCAGAGGAUUCUGGCCUUGAAGAAGUUCCGGUCUCUCCUCUUGGCCGGAGCCGCCGAGUACGACAAUUUCUUCCAGCACCUGCGUCUGCUGGAUGGAGCCUUCAAACUGUCGGCCAGGGACCUGCGCUCUCAGGUGGUCCGUGAAGCCUGCAUCACCCUGGGGCAUCUGUCGUCUGUUCUGGGGAACAAAUUUGACCACGGAGCUGAAGCCAUUAUGCCCACGCUCUUCAAUCUGGUACCCAACAGCGCCAAAGUCAUGGCCACGUCUGGCAUGGUAGCCAUUCGAUUAAUUUUACGGCACACGCAUACGCCACGGCUAAUACCAAUUAUAACCAGUAGCUGCACCUCCAAGUCCGUUGCCGUUAGAAGGCGCUGCUUUGAAUUCCUGGAGCUUCUUUUGCAGGAAUGGCAGACCCACUCGCUGGAGAGGCACACGUCGAUCUUAACGGAGACCAUCAAGAAGGGAAUCCACGACGCCGAUUCGGAAGCCAGGAUAGUCGCGCGGAAAUGUUACUGGGGAUUCCACACUCACUUCGGGAAGGAGGCCGAGCAUUUGUAUCACAAUCUGGAGUCCUCGUAUCAGAAGGCCUUGCAGUCCCAUCUCAAGAGCUCGGACAGCAUCGUGUCCCUUCCGCAGUCUGACCGCUCCUCCUCCAGCUCCCAGGAGAGCCUCAACCGUCCGCUCUCAACCAAGAGAAGCCCCACGAGCGGCGCGGUGUCACGAGCAUCCACAGCUACAGUGAAGCCGAUGUCCACGCCGGGGUCUCUGCAGCGCUCUCGCAGCGACAUCGACGUUAACGCCGCCGCCACCUCCAAGUCUAAAGUAGCCUCUUCCAGCGCUGCCUCGCAUUUCACCGCCGCCGCCGCGCUGCCCCCUGGAUCCUACGCGUCUCUCGAUGGUCCCGCCGCUAAACCAGAGGGUCGAAUCCGCACGAGACGACAGAGCUCCGGAAGCACCGCCGGCACGACCUCCACCCCGGUGGACACCCGCGGCCGCAGCCGAGCCAAGAUAGUGUCGCAGUCCCAGCGAUCCAGAUCCGCGAAUCCGGCCAGCGCCGGCAGCCGCUCGAGUUCGCCAGGGAAGCUGCUGAGCAGCGGUUACGGGGUCAUCACAUCCGGCGCUCAGAGGGUCUCGCAGAUGCCGUCUUCGGAGAAGAGAAGCAAGAUCCCCCGCAGCCAGGGGUGCAGCAGGGAGACCAGCCCCAGCAGGAUAGGACUGGCACGGAGCAGCCGCAUCCCCCGACCCAGCAUGAGUCAGGGGUGCAGUCGCGACACCAGCCGGGAGAGCAGCCGCGAUACGAGUCCCGCUCGGGGCUUUGCUCCGUUGGCCUCUCGACGCCAUUCCAGGUCCACUAGCGCCCUGUCCGCUUCCGAGUCAGAUCGCUACGGGAUCAGCCAAUCGGGACGGCUGCCGUCGUCUGUGAACGCCAUGCGGGGUCUCAGCUCCAGCACGGACCUGGAGGCGGCAGUGGCCGAUGCUUUGCUUCUUGGAGACCCCCGGAAUAAGAAAAAGCCGGUGAGGAGGCGCUACGAGCCGUACGGGAUGUACUCGGACGACGACGCCAACAGCGAUGCCUCGAGCGCCUGCUCGGAGCGGUCCUACGGCUCGCGGAACGGGGGUAUCCCCCACUACCUGCGCCAGACGGAGGACGUGGCCGAGGUCCUCAACCACUGCGCCAGCUCCAACUGGUCGGAGAGGAAGGAGGGACUGAUUGGACUCCAAAACCUGCUGAAGAGCCAACGGACCCUCAGCCGCGUGGAGCUGAAAAGGCUCUGCGAGAUCUUCACGCGCAUGUUUGCUGAUCCGCACAGUAAGGUUUUCAGCAUGUUUCUGGAGACCCUCGUGGAUUUUGUCAUCAUUCACAAGGACGACCUCCAGGACUGGCUCUUCAUUCUGCUGACGCAGCUCCUGAAGAAGAUGGGGGCCGACCUGCUGGGCUCGGUGCAGGCCAAGGUGCAGAAGGCUCUGGACAUCACCAGGGAUUCCUUUCCUUUCGAUCAGCAGUUUAACAUCCUGAUGAGGUUCAUAGUGGAUCAAACGCAGACCCCCAACCUCAAGGUGAAAGUUGCGAUAUUGAAGUACAUCGAGUCGCUGGGGAGGCAGAUGGACCCCACGGACUUCGUGAACUCCAGCGAAACGCGCCUGGCUGUCUCCAGGAUCAUCACCUGGACAACGGAGCCCAAGAGCUCGGACGUCAGGAAGGCCCUGCAUAACUGGGCGUGCGAGGACCCCCCGGCACGGCCCAGCGCAGCCUCCUCGGGCCCCGGGGAGGGCAGUCUGGAGGAAAGGUGUAAACAGGCCGCGCAGAUCGUCCUCAUCUCUCUGUUUGAGCUGAAUACUCCGGAGUUCACCAUGUUACUCGGCGCUCUGCCAAAAACCUUCCAGGACGGCGCCACCAAACUCCUUCACAACCAUCUGAAGAACUCCAGUAACAGCGGCGUGGGUUCUCCGAGCAGCACCAUCGGACGCACGCAGUCCAGACACCCGAGCAGCCGCGCCAGCCCACUAACAUCCCCCACCAACUGCUCCCAUGGGGGCAUCUCUCCCAGCCUCCUGGACUACGACACGGAAAACCUGAACUCCGACGAGAUCUACAGCUCUCUCCGCGGCGUCACCGAGGCCAUCGAAAAGUUCAGCUUCCGGAGCCAGGAGGAUCUGAACGAGCCGGUGAAGAGGGACGGCAAGAAGGACGCUGACAUUGUCGGCAGAGAGGUGGCUUCUCCAGCGAGCGAUCCCCGCGGCGGCUCCGAUGUGGUGGAAGGCGGAAGGAUGGCGUUGGAUAACAAGACUUCCCUGCUGAACACGCAGCCGCCUCGCGCCUUCACGGGGCCGCGCGGGCGAGAGUACAGCCCGUAUCCCUACGCCGACUCCAUCAACAGCUACGACAAGGCUGUGCUCAAAGAGGCCGUGUUCGACGACGACAUGGAGCAGCUGCGUGACGUGGCCAUUGACCACUCGGACCUGGUGGCCGACCUGCUGAAGGAGCUGUCCAAUCACAACGAGCGAGUGGAGGAGAGGAAGGGGGCGCUCUGCGAGCUGCUGAAGAUCACUCGAGAAGACAACAUCGGGGUCUGGGAGGAACACUUCAAGACUAUCCUCCUGCUGCUGCUGGAGACCCUCGGAGACAAAGACCACGCCAUCCGAGCGUUGGCACUGAGGGUCCUGCGAGAAAUUCUGCGGAACCAGCCGGCCCGCUUCAAGAACUACGCAGAGCUGACCAUCAUGAAGACCCUCGAGGCCCACAAGGACUCCCAUAAGGAGGUGGUCCGAGCGGCGGAGGAAGCGGCGUCCACGCUGGCCGGAUCCAUUCACCCCGAGCAGUGCAUCAAAGUCCUCUGUCCCAUCAUCCAGACGGCCGACUACCCCAUCAACCUCGCCGCCAUCAAAAUGCAAACCAAGGUCAUCGAGAGGAUCUCCAAGGAGUCCCUGCACCAGAUCCUCCCCGACAUCGUCCCGGGGCUAUUACAGGGCUACGAUAACACGGAGAGCAGCGUCCGCAAGGCCAGCGUCUUCUGCCUGGUAGCCAUUUAUUCGGUGAUCGAGGAAGAGUUAAAGCCGUAUCUGGCGCAGCUGACGGGCAGUAAGAUGAAGCUCCUGAAUUUGUACAUAAAAAGAGCGCAAACGACAAACAGUAACAGCAGCUCGUCGUCCGACGUCUCCACGCACAGCUAGAGCUCCGGAGACCCCCAAACCCCCCCAGCCCCCCGCGCACGAAACACACGGCCCCCCGUUCUGUAUCCUCAAACACUAACGGAGAGCGACGA